CCAACCCCCGGGGAGGGCCGGGGAAUUAACACAUUUUAUCCGGGGAUUUAGCGCUGUUUUAACAGCAUAAAUCCAAGGGGGGCAGGGGAAUUAACAGAUUUUAAAAAUAGCCGGGAUUUUACCGGGGACAUUAACACUGGCCGGAGACUGGGCCGAAGAUCGUGAAAAAUUAGUGAGACUGGAAACAAUAGUGUCAUGCAUCCAAAACGGCUGCCAACAACUUGCACGAACAUAAGGUACGGUGAAACGUACACUUUUUUGAAGUUUUUAAACAUGCUUAUGUGUUUUAAAGUAAACAAUUAAUGAACUUGUUUAUUUUUUACUAUUUGUUGGCUUUUUUACUUAUUUCUGUCUUCAUGAGCUCAUGAAUGUCCUAAUAGUGCGGGGCUUCCAGGGCCGGGCAUUUAACAGCUGUUUCACCCCCGAGGGCUGGGGAAAACACGUUACUUUAACAAUUGCCAAAUGUUAAUUUCCCCGGCCUUUCCCGGGGGUUGAGGGGCCGGGGUUUCAAUUGACUGAUGCAUUAUAAACGAGUUGUUUGCUGUAAUUAGCCUUCUUUUUGCUAUUUCUUCGCUUAAUCGUUAGUCGCCUUUACUAUCGUCCUAAAAUUAUUCAAUUGAAGAAUCAAAAUAUGGAGUCUUCAAACUGGCAAACACAAUUUUCUACUCUCAGAGAACGUAGUAAGUACGCGUUCGACAAUUCAUUGUUCUGUGAUGUCGAGUUCUCGGUUACAGACGGCGAUGGAAACAAAGUCACCAUUCCAUCCAACAAGUACGUGCUGGCUACCACCAGUCUUGUCUUUGGUGCCAUGUUUUACGGUCAUCUAGCCGAGAAUAAACCAACUAUCGACCUACCAGACUGCACUAAGGAAGGACUACGAGAAAUGCUUCGUUAUGCACAUUGUGAAGAAGCUAAUAUAACCGGGAGUAACGUAAUGGAGUUACUCUACCUCGCCAAGAAGUACAUGAUGCCAUUCCUAGAAAAGAAAUGCAAAGAAUAUCUCGAGACUGAAGUUGGUCCAGAAGAUGUGUUCAUUGUUUUACCACAAGUACAGAAAAUGGGAGAUGAAAACCUUCAAGAACACUUAUGGGAAAUUGUUGACAACCAAACUGAUCGAGCCAUUUCUUCUGAAUCAUUUCUGGAUGUAUCUAAAGAACUGCUUUGCCAAGUGCUCAAAAGAGACACUCUUAGUGCAUCUGAAGUGCACCUUUUCGAAGCUGUAGAUAAAUGGGCCUCCAAGCAGAUUGAUAAAAGAGAAUUGGUUUGUGAAGGUGAAGAAAAAAGAGCCAUUCUUGGAGAAGAUCUCAUCCGACUGAUUCGAUUUCCACUUAUGUCUCAAAAGGAGUUUGUUGAAACUGUACUUCCCCUUAAAGUUCUCAACAUGGAUGAAGUAACAGAGGUGCUUCAAAUCUUUGCUGACAUAAAUCCUGCGGCGAACAUCUUUAAUAAGAGAAGACGACAAUUCAAUCCUGUCGUUGUGAUAUCAAGGUUUAGAAAUUUUACACGAGGUCAAUGGGAUUACAAUGGAACACCAGAUGUCAUACACUUUACUGUCAACAAAAAUGUCAAUCUGGUUGGUGUACGAUUAUUUGGCAGCGAAGGCUCCAACUACGAUGUGGCAAUGAAAAUCUACGAAUACAAUUGAAGUGAAUGCCUUGCCGAGUUAUCGUCCUCGUUCAUGAGUGAAGAGAUAGAUGGUUUGUACUAUGGAUUCACGGUUACCCUUGAUAAACCUAUGUGUCUAGUCUCUGGCCAGGUGUAUGUAUUGGACGCUAGAAUUAGAGGACGAAACUCAUAUCAUGGAAUCGAAGGUCAGGAAAGUGUACCUGCUGGAGAUAUUGUAGUAACUUUCUCUACUGCUUCUCCGUCUAUAAACGUUACUAGUGUUACCGAAGGUCAGUUUCCUUCGCUUAUUUUACAACAUCAGUGAUUUGAAAAUAUUACUUUGUAUUCUGAGGCGAUUUGAUAGCAGAUCAUUUAGUCACAAACGAACAAUUUUCUCUUAUUUUUUUGUUACAAAGAAUAGAAUGUAGUUAUACACGCUUUCAUUCUUGAGCGCUGGCUCAUAUUUCAUCGCCAAGAUAGCUCACAGUGGACAUCAAUUCAUACGCUGUGUAGAGUGAAGUUGGGCUUGUUAGCCACUAGCAUAAUAAUUUUAGCAUUGGGUCAUUGUAUAUGCACGAGAAAAAGAAGUUUUAGCUUUUGGUCAUUAGUCGGGCUAGCCGUAGGCAUAGUUCUACCUUCUCUUCAAUCAAUCAAUCUAUCAAUCAAUCUAUCAAUCUAUCUAUCAA